UUGCCCUUUUGUAGAUACUGUGUAAAGACCCUCUCCGAACAUCGCGAAUGGAUCCGUUGUGUCCGUCCAAAUGCGGACGGUAGUCUUUUAGCUAGUUGUUCCAACGACAAAGAGGUUCGUGUCUGGUCCCAAGGAACCAGCCCACGUGAAUGGAAGCCUCAAGCAGUUCUCCAUGGCCAUGAACAUGUGGUUGAGUGCGUUGCUUGGCUCAACACCUCUCCACAGAAUGUCAAGUUAAUUGCUGAGGGCAAUAAGACGGAAAAUGGUGAAUCUCAGCUUCAGGUGCAACAGAUGAAUGGUGUAGAUGACGCUAAUUCAGAUUACGUGCCGAUCAUUCUUGCUUCUGGUGCGAGAGACCGACAAAUAUGUAUUUGGGAUGUCAAAGCCUCCACAUUACUUUUCGUUUUGGCGGGACACGAUAACUGGGUGCGGCAGUUAGUUUUUCACCCGCAUGGUAAGUACCUGCUCUCGGCAUCAGACGACAAGACAGUUCGUGUCUGGGAUCUCAAGAAUCGUCGCUGCUACAAAACUCUGGAGGCUCAUUCGCACUUUAUGUUCACCGAACUGCGCCCUAUGCAAUCACAGGCAGUGUUGAUCAAACCAUCCGAAUUUGGGAGUGUCGUUGAGUAA